GGAGUGUUCCAGUCUCGCUCUCGUUUACCCAACCGGAGGUGGAGCUGAGGCUUAGUGGAGUCGCACGGACACACUCCCUGAGGACAAGACUACAAUGGUAGGUGAAGAUUAUACUUCCAUAAGACACCGCCAGCCGAGUUCUACGGGACACGGGACCCCUGAGAAGAAUGAAAUGCAGAAGAGAUCUGAGGCAGAGAAGCCUUUCCAAAACUCAAGCAAUGGUUGGGUUGAUGUCGACCAUGGGAUAACAAAGAAAAUGCAGCUGACAGCAGAGGCUGAGGAGUUGAAGCCGGCAUUCAUGAAGGAGGUGGACAGUCACUUUACAGAGUUUGUGAACCGUUUGAUAGCAAAGUCUGUGCUUCUGGAAUCCUCCACAGCAACAUCCACCUUCCCUGUAGCUACCUGCUCAGAGAGAGACCUGCACAAAACCAAGGGCUUGAGAGCACCUCCAGAACAUGGAAAGCUCUUUACUGCUAGGAGGUCCAUCUUGGAUGAGCUGUUUGAAGUGAACCACAUCCGGACAAUCUACCACAUGUUCAUCGCUCUCCUCAUCCUCUUCAUUCUCAGCACACUUGUAGUAGACUUUAUUGAUGAAGGAAGGCUGGUGCUUGAAUUUGAUCUUUUGGUCUUCGCUUUUGGCAAGUUUCCUGUUGUCAUUUCCACCUGGCUCUGCAUGUUUCUGUCCACGUUCAUUUUACCCUAUGGCCUCUUCCUGCAGUGGGCCCAGGGCCACUGUUGUUCCUCCCACCGGAAAAUCCGCUCCCUCUUCUUCGGGAUGCUCUUCAUGCUCUUCCAAAGCAUCGGGCUUGGGCUUGGGCCAACGUAUGUUGCUGUGUCAUAUGCUCUACCUCCAGCCUCUCGGUUCGUUAUAAUACUUGAACAGGUUCGUCUAAUUAUGAAGGCUUAUUCAUUCAUUAGGGAGAAUGUUCCUCGGGUCCUGUCUUCAGCCAAGGAGAAGUCAAGCACCGUCCCAGUUCCCCAAGUUACCCAGUAUCUGUACUUCCUCUUUGCUCCCACCCUCAUCUACAGGGACAACUAUCCGAGGAAUCCCAUGAUAAGAUGGGGUUAUGUAGCUACCAAGUUUGCACAGGUGAUUGGUUCGCUUUUUUAUGCCUACUACAUCUUUGUGCGACUCUGCAUCCCUCCAUUUCGGAACAUAAGUCAGGAACCCUUCAAUCUGCGAGGGCUGGUCCUCUGCAUUUUCAAUUCCAUCCUGCCAGGUGUUCUGAUUCUCUUCUUGGUCUUCUUUGCAUUCCUUCACUGCUGGCUUAAUGCAUUUGCUGAGAUGCUGCGCUUUGCAGACAGAAUGUUCUACAAGGAUUGGUGGAACUCCACAUCGUAUGCAAACUAUUACCGAACAUGGAAUGUGGUAGUACAUGACUGGCUGUAUUACUACGCUUACAGGGACUUUCUGUGGUUCUUUGGUAAGAAGUUCAAAGCUGCUGCUAUGCUGUCUGUCUUUGCUGUCUCAGCUGCCGUACACGAGUAUGUCCUGGGAGUCUGCUUUGGUUAUUUUUAUCCAGUCCUCUUCUGCCUCUUCAUGUGCUUUGGAAUGGUUUUCAACUUCAUUCUUAAUGACCGUCGGAAAGGGCCCAUUUGGAAUGUGAUCAUGUGGACCUCUCUCUUCCUGGGCCAGGGUGUCAUAAUUUGCCUUUACAGUCAGGAGUGGUAUGCACAUCAGUAUUGCCCCCUGAAAAAUCCCACGUUCCUGGACUAUGUGAAACCACGUUCCUGGGAUUGUCAUAUUCAGAUUUAAAACCAUUAAA